AUGGAAGACGGCCCGCUGCCCGACCUCAGAGACAUCGAGCUGAAGCUGGGACGCAAAGUGCCCGAGAGCCUAGUGCGCUCGCUCCGUGGGGAGGAGCCGGUUCCCCCGGAGAGGGACAGAGACCCCGGAGAGGGGAGCGGGGGCGGCGGCAGCGGUUGCAGCAGCAGCAGCAGCUGCUGCAGUUUCCCUCUCUCCUUGUCGUCCUCCUCUUCAUCCUCCCCAACCUCUGGCUCCCCACGACCCAGCCACUCCAGUAGCACCCUGGAGAGGCUGGAAACCAAGCUUCACCUCCUCAGGCAAGAGAUGGUUAACCUCAGAGCCACAGACGGGAAGCUCAUGCGCCAGUUGCUCCUCAUCAAUGAGAGCAUCGAGUCCAUCAAGUGGAUGAUUGAAGAGAAAGCCACCAUCACCAGCCGAGGCAGCAGUCUGAGUGGCAGCCUGUGCAGCUUACUGGAGAGUCAGAGCACCUCCUUACAUGGCAGCUGCACCAGCCUCCAUGAUGGCAGUGACGGGCUAGAUGGCAUCUCCGUUGGGAGCUACCUGGACACUUUGGCAGAUGACGUCCCAGGCCACCACACCCCCUCAGACUUGGACCAGUUCAGUGACAGUUCAGUCAUAGGGGACUCACAUGCACUGUAUAAGCGUCCCAAAUUGGAUUCUGAAUACUACUGCUUUGGCUAA